AUGGCUGAACAUGGUGACCCAUAUUUGAUUGUAAGUCGUUUGAAGUUUCAAGACCGAAUGACAUUGCAAAAUUAUGCGUCUGCCCUGAAACAAGUAGUUGAACGACAUGAUAUUCUACGCACCGUUUUCAUAUGGGAAGGGUUGAGUGAACCGGCACAAGUUAUCUUACGUCGAGUUCCAUCGUUACUUACCGAAGUCACCUUGGAUGCUACCGAUGGGCCAGUACUAGAACAAUUAUGGAACCGCUUCAACCCACGUCAUUACCGAAUAGACUUAAAACAGGCGCCGCUGUUACAUUUAAUAGCCGCGCCAACUUCAAAAGGUGAAUGGGUGGCGCUGCAACUGAUGCACCAUAUAAUUUAUGACAAUGUCACCACACAGAGAAUGUAUGCAGAAGUCAAGGUUAUAACCGAUGGACAAGGUGAACAAUUACCAACACCCACACCUUUCCGCCACGUUGUGGCACAAUCUCGUAUGAGUGUUAGUCAAUCUGUACAUACUAAGUUCUUCGAAGAAAUGCUUGGCGAUAUUGAAACACCAACAUUUCCCUUUGGCCUAAGUGACGUCCAUGGUGAGUGUGUCGAUGUUGAUAUAGCGCAUCUAAAGUUGCCACAAGAACUCAAUGCUCAAUUACGAGCGCAUGCACGACAUUUGCAGGUCAGUCUGGCUAGUUUAUGUCAUUUGGCCUGGGCACAAGUAGUUUCCUGUACCAGCGGAAGCGAAACGGUAGUUUUUGGCACUGCGCUACUCGGUCGUUUACAGUCUGGAGAAAGAAACGACAGCGCUAUGGGUUUAUUGAUAAAUACGCUACCUUUUAGGCUGGAUAUCGAUGAGACAACGGUCACCACUGCUGUACAAAAGACUCAUGCUCGUUUGAGUGCUUUACUAGCACAUGAAGAUGCAUCGCUUGCAUUGGCACAACGGUGUAGUUGUGUUCCAGUCGCUGUGCCACUUUUCAGCGCGUUAUUGAACUGUCGACAUAAACGACAGACCAACAAAGGUACAUUCAAUACAUUUAUUUCUGGUAUGACAGUUCUCGCUGGUGAGGUGCGAACAAAUUACCCACUCACUAUGGUGGUGGACGACGAUGACAAUUCGUUGCAUCUAACAGCCAGAGUGAUGAUGCCAAUAUCAGCGACACGAAUUUGUGCCUAUAUGCAACAAACUCUUAUUUCAUUGGCCGAUUCACUAACACUAACCCCACAGAAACCUGUAAGCACAUUGACCGUGAUACCACAAGAAGAGCGUGAAAUGUUGUUACACAGCUGGAACCAAACGACAGUCAAUUACACACCUGUUCGUUGUAUUCACCAGUUAUUUGAAGUGCAGGUGGAGAGUGAUGGACAAGCAAUUGCCGUAGAGUGUGAUGGAAAAACUCUGACUUAUGCAGAACUCAACAUACAGUCUAAUCGAUUGGCGCAUUAUCUGAUCGCUGAAGGUGUAAAACUAGAGGAUCGGAUCGCAAUAUGCGUUGAGCGUAGCACGAAAUUGCUCGUAGCUAUACUGGGUAUUCUGAAAGCUGGCGGUGCUUAUGUUCCACUUGACCCGGCCUACUCCAGUCAACGUCUGAUCGAUAUUUUACUGGACGCCAAACCACUUCUUCUGUUGGCAGAUUCUGCUGGUCGUGCAGCACUUGGAGACCAUCAA